CAGCCACCAGCACAACCACGACAGCACUGACAACCCUGCCACCUCAGGCCGCCCUAACCCCUGCCGCCAAGCGCAUGCGCAGCUCCACCCCGCGGGAAGCGGAAGCGCAGGCUCGGACUGCUGUGAGUUUCAGAGAUCAGCCAUGGGCAUUAAAGGUUUGCAGGGAUUUGUGGAGAGGGUUUGCCCUGAUGCAUGCAAGACUGUAGAUCUGAGAGAAAUGGCACAGAAACAUUGCAUCGAUCAUCCUGAUUCUCCGCCUGUUAUCGUAGUAGAUGCCAUGAGUUGUGUUAGAUACUGGUACACACCAGAAUCCUGGGUGUGUGGUGGCCAGUGGCGGGAGUUCCUUGCCAUUUUAGAGGAUUUUAUUAAAGUUUUUAUGGAAGCUGGUAUCAAGUUGGUGUUUUUCUUUGACGGAGUGGUAGAAUCGAAAAAGAGAGAUGAGUGGAUCAAACGGAGGUUGCAGAAUAACAAAGAGAUAGCCAGAAUAUUUCAGUUUAUCAAGAUUCACAGGAAACAACCAGGGAGAGAAAUGUUUACGAUGCCUUCAGCUUUGCCUACUUUUACACGUUUUGCCCUGAAGUCACUCGGUCAAAAAACAGUAUGCACAUUGCAGGAGGCAGACUUUGAGGUGGCUACAUACGGUUUGCAACAUAACUGCAUAGGAAUUCUUGGGCAAGAUAGUGACUACCUCAUCUAUAAUACAUGCCCCUACUUUUCCAUUGGGAAGCUCCAUUUGGCCAGCCUGGUCACUGUUAUGUACUCUCGAGAAGAUCUUUGUCGUGCGUUGGGUCUUAGUUUGACACACCUCCCUCUCUUUGCUUGCUUGCUUGGCAAUGAUGUUGUUCCAGAAAACUUGUUGGAAGGCUUUUGGCAUAAAUGUUUAGUCAGCAGUCCCCGUAAGAAUAACAGCUACAACAGAAGAACAAACAUAUUUUUUGCUGUAGCAAAUUAUAUCUCAAAAGUUCCACAGUCAUACAGCAGCCUGAAACACUUAGAAGACCUUCUGCCUCUGGGAUCAGACAAGACAUUGCUUUACAGAGGAGUGGAGUCCUAUCUUUUACCUGGGCAGCAGUCUCCAUGGAUUCCUCCCAAAGUAACAAGUUGCCAAAUGUUUUCCCUGCAACAAGAAACAGCCAUGUGUCAAGAUAAAGAAAUCUUUCAGUUAGCUAAAGAACAUCAUGUCCAAUCUGAAAAUUACACGAUCUUCAAUAUCCUGAGUAAGGGAGAGAUCGAAUGCAGCAACUCUUUGGAAGAUGAAUCUGAUACAGAGAUUCCUGGACAGGCACUUAUCUACCGCCCUGCUCGUCAGCAUAUUUAUUCUAUCUUGUUGGAAUCUGGAAAAGGUGGAGCCUAUUCUUUCGUGAAAGAGUGGUUUGUCUAUUUUGGAAAUCCUCUGAAACAGCCAGAGCUCAUACAGCCUGUACAACCUAUUCCAGGUGGAACACCUAAUUUGAAAACACUGUGGUUUGCCAAAGGACCUGACGUGGAAAAGCAGCGAUAUAGUACAUUUCUGGCAUGCUUUCACCUUCAUGAUGGGAUGGAAUAUCUCCAAGGUCUAGAAGCACCUGUUGCAGCAUUCUGUUGCUUGCUGGUCUAUCUUAUGAUGCAGGUCAAUAGCCUCUCUAUGGAGGACUUGAAUGCAUUUGUGGCACUCAUUCUCUGCCUCAAAGGGAAGUCAGCUGCUGAACUGGCAAGUUUGCAGCUUGCGCAAGUGGAUUCCAGAGGUGUGCAUCUUGGUGCUGUCAUUGUUCGCGGCCUUUCAACUUUGCUGAUGGCCAAUAGUGCCUGUGGCUUUCCAUUUAGAAUGGAUGAUUUGAUGCCUUGGCAGGUGUUUGAUGGAAAACUUUUCCAAGAAAAAUACCAGCAGUCACAUAGAAGUUGCUCUUUGGAGGAGCUUUUGGAAGGCAAUGAAUCUUUGUAUACACCCUUCGAGAAUCUGAGGUCUUUCAUUUGCAAGGCUUGCAUGGCAAAGAAAAGAACAAUAUACAGCAGACCAAGAGGGGAUGGAUUUAUCACAGGAACACGGCAAAGAGAAUUUAAUCCCAGGUUCCAACAAACACACAGAAGUUCUUUUGUUCCUCCAUAUCAUAACCAGAUGAGGGGGUUCCUGGGGAGGAAUCCUCAACCACAAGGUAGAGAGUAUAGAUCAGGCCAUCCAGAUCGGAGGAGAAGAUUCCGUGUUCCUUCUUGGUGAGGGAUACAAGUGUACAGGUGACCCUGCUCAUUACUGGAAGUGAAUGAAAAUGGCUAAGAGAGCAAGAUGCGUUAUAAAAUGCUGUAUGCUGAAAAUCAUUAAAACUUCAUCGGUGUUUCAAAACUGGUAGUGAGAGAGUGCAAUCAGAAGUUUAUCAUGCCUUAUUUUCAGUUCCAUUUUAUUUUUAUACUUUUUGCUUCUAGCCUGUAGCUUAGAGAAGUAAAUUAUGGAAUCUUGUGAAACAAUUGUUACGUAGUUUAAGUUCCACGAAGUAUUGUUAGGAGCACUUUGCAAAAACCUGGUUGACACGCUUAUGAAAAAUAGUCAUCAAAAAAUUACAUGUAAAAAAUAGAGGGCAGUCCUAGGUAUUAAAGAAGACUGCAAAAUUUUAAUCCAUUCAUUUGGUUCUGUUGUGAAUACUAUUAUGCCUCUUCUGUUAAACCUUUAUGCUAUCCUAUUAGCAGUUUGAACAGACACCAUUUUUAUACAGCACAGUGUCUGAUUUGCAUUCCAGGGAUCUUGUAGUGAAAGGGACAUUCCUGCUGCCUUUUUCUAUUGAUUUAGAAUUUCCUCCGAAGUUAUGCUGGCCAGAGGCUUAGUCUAAGUCUUAGUGUGUCUUAAGACACUUAGACUUUGAGGCUAAAGACAGAUGUAAGGACUGGAAUAAACCUUAAAUAUUUCAUAAAUGACUCACUGCAUAUGGAGGAGAAUUCUAGGUAUUCCAGAAGAGGACUAUCCACUUGACUCAGCUCUGAAAGGCCCAAAAAUAAUAGGACAGUAAAGCUAUAGCAGUUUUGUAUGUAGAAACUGAUUUUAUAACUUUCUGGAGUCUUUUAGGUAGCCUUUACUCAUUCUCGGAGACUGAGGAACUAAGAAAGAAAGCUACAUGGUAGAACAGUAACAUUUUUUAACUGUGACAUGAUUGUAAACACUUUAGAAGAACCCGUUUUAUCAAAGACUGGGCACUUUCAGCCUCAAAUAGCAUAAAGGUUAAUUGUACUACCGCUUUUUUCUUUUUCUUUUUUUCCCCCUUAAAAUCUCUUAGAAUAAUGUGAUCUGAGUUUUGUGGAAAGUUCUUUAGUUUCAGGAAUCUCAUGAUGUAUAAUAGUGUAUUUGAAAAGAAUGUAAUUGUGUGCCAGAAUUUGUUGGUAAUUUCCCCUUCAGGCUUUUAUAUGAGAAAAGAUUUUGGUUGGCCUCAAUAAACAAAGUUAAAUACUGUUGGAGUGGGA